GACAUUUCGUGAUACGGAUUUUUGCUAUUUGUAGGAAUAGUUUCGUGUGUGAUUUGUAUGCGCAAAUCUAUAGUUUUAAAAAGUUUUCAUUCUAUAAAAGGUUUUACAUAUAUUGAGAAAUACUAUGCCUGGUGGAAGUGCUAGAAAACAAAGUGGCGGAAAUGAUUCAGCACAGAAAAACAGCAGUAGUAGUUCGUUGCGAAAUGAAAGCGUUUCGCCGGGGAGUAGCAGGGCGCGAAAGAGAAAGCGAUGUGAGGUCAGAAGAUUCAGCGACAGUGAUUUGGAGUCCGAAUUGGAGGAUUGCAAUUUCGAAGAUGCGAUUGCUAUUGAAAGGAAAUUGCGCAAAGUGGCGAAAGAUAACGACCUAAGUGAUGAGGAGAUGCGACAAUUGUUGCAGAAAUUUGUUAAAAAUGAACAUAUUCUUGCACUGGUAACGCUCAAAGCAGAAGAUGAAAUAGCACGUGAACGACAGGCAUCUGAGCAGCCAGCGAUUAUAAUAACUGACACGCCGUCUGUGCCAAAAUUGACGCGCGCAAAAGCUCGCGAGUUAAAUAAAACUGCAGGUAUUACUUUAUCUACACUAACUGAGAACAAGGAGCCGGAGAUUGCAGCUCUGAUACAAGAUGAACUGAAUUCCGAUGAAGACGAUGAGGAGUAUGUAUUUCAAGAAGAGGAUUUUAUUUCCGAUGACGACCCCAAUACCAAUACCUCAGAUCUGGAUUCCAAUCCACGUACACCACAGACACCUUUAUCUCAAGCAGAGACUGAUGAUUCUCCGGUUAAAUUUACAGCUGAUGGCUGUUUCAAAAUACCAUUGGAAAAGCCUAUAAGUACGAGGGAGGACGUGCGUAUUGCGGCGCGCACACGAUCGAAGUUAUGCCUACAGCAGACUGCAAUCGAAGAUCUCGAGUCGGAAUUUGUGCCACCCGAUGUGGAACAUAUUGACUUACAGGAGGUGGAUUUAACAGCGAACGAUGAGGAUUGGAUGCAGUUUUUGAAUGAUUUUACUAAGCCUUUAAGCUCCAGUUUUAUAACAGACGAUGAUGAUCCUAUCAAUGAUCCGGAAUAUGUAGCGGCAGAUAAAAUAACAGAGGAUGCGGAAGAAUUACGCGACAUUAACAUACCCAAAAAGGAGCUUACCGAGCUCGUUGCCGAACUAUUCGAAGGCCUCUUUAAUGAAGGUGUAUCGUUGGAAAGUGUCGAAUUAGAAACACCACAGAAGUUUUUGCAAAGUGACUUAGAACAGUCAACUAUUACGGAUGGCGCUAAUCGUAGCAUCUCCGCUGGCACAGCUGCCGCAUCGUUUAGUGAUCAGCCUGAAUGCGAAGGCAAUCCAGUGACGCGACAACUUAAUUUUGACACUCCAGCACAACAGCAAGAUUACAAUCCAGUGCAACUUUCUCAACAGCAGCAGGGAUUCGUGUCCGAUGUGCCUCCCUUAGUUCCUAUUAGCAAUGUAGCGAAUGUGACUCAAAACAAUUACUCAUUUCAUCCGGAUAUCAUGUCCACUCCUGCACCGACAACUGGGCAGCGUGUGGGCAAUACCGCAACGCAGGUACAAGUACCAGUGGCAUACACAGAUAAUUCCGAAAAUGAUGCGAGCCAAGUUGUCACACUGCCCACGACGUCGUUAAGUGCAGAGCCUGAAUGGAUAGCAGUUAAAAUUCCAGGUCCAACAAAUUCGUAUCAAUUAGCACGUGUUGUAGAAUCAGCGAACGCACUUGAGCCGCCGCCACUAGUAAGAAUUCAGCCGCAAAAGACAACAGAGCAACACAAACCAAAGCGUCCUCCUUUACCCCCUCCAGAGGAUACACGAUACAGUAUGCCUUACGAUACCAACUUUACAUGGGAGUAUAUUUCUAUAAGAAAGCAUGUUUAUACUGAGUAUAUAUCAAAAUUUGAAAAUCUUCGUAAUAUACCACCACCGCCGCAAAUAGAGGAGGCACCAAGUAAUGCAAUUGGCUUCACAAAACAGCAACAUGAUAUACUACAGCAACAGUUGCGCAUGCAUGUACAAAUGCUAACGCAAACAUUUAUCCAAAGCUACUCGCAUCCGAUUUAUUGGAAGCUUGCUCUGAAAGCGAAAGACAUGUUGACAGAGUUAGAAGAGAGGUCGAAGGAUGAUGCAUCCUUUCGUGCUUGGAAUCUAAAAAUAGCAACGAAGCUUGUAAGACAAUGGGAAGAAGAUUUGAAUAAAGAUACGUACGAGAAUAAAGAGAUGAUGAAAUUUAUACACAGCGAAAUUGAGUUGACCAAGAAUAAUUGUCGUCAGAUUGCCCGUUUUCCGCCUCGAAUUAUGGACCUAAUACUAAAUAGCAAGGUAUUCAUGUAUCCGGAAUACUUACCUCGGAUACCUUUCACUUCCAGAAUCGCGAGGUACCCCAUUUUUUCUCCCGCUGAAUCGCAGCUUAUUGCUAUGGGUUUGGAAAGGCAUAUACAACGUAUUCACGAGACAGGUGAACGCAUAUCGAAGAAAACCACUGAGCUAAAGAUUGCUGUACUGCGACUUGCAAAGGACACCGUGUACGGUAAAUCAGCGAGACAAAUAUGGGCUCGUGUGAAAGCUUUAAGGAAUACAGAUUAUUAUAAUCCCGUAAAGUACUACUUUGAUAAUAAGCGCGCUCCGCCAGUUGAACAGAAGUUAAUUACGUUUCAAGACAACAAAGUAUUAGCGCCCAAAGACCGUUACCAAGAGUUACCGCUGGCCUGGCAAACGCGUAUAGACGAAAAACGCAAGGCCAAUAGAAAAAGGGGAACCAGAGCAUCUGAAACAGCUGGCGCCUCGUACUUACAGUUUGUACGCGAGGCUUUAGGCGAAGAAAUACAAUUGCCGGAUAGCGGUGAUAGUGCUGCUACAUCAGAAAACCGCGGAACUAACUUUUCCUGCUUUUCGAAAACGGGAAAUAACAUUACUAAUACGACACGUUCUAAAAGAUGUUUUGCAAAUAGUGUGACGAUAAAUGUAAAUUACCAUUUUAGUGCCACUACACCAGCUAGCGAAAUACAACGACCCAUCAACACCACGACCGCAGUUGCACUGCCAAGCAUUCCACCUUCCAACCGAGACUCGCCAAACGCCGCUGCUUUGGGAUUCACGCCACUGCCGAAAACGCCUCCGUCAGCCAACGAUAGUGUGGUAUCGUUUAAUUACGACUGGGGUACAAAAAGUUUGCAACCUAUUGUUGAACCCAAGGCCACAACAACGCGCGCAACUACUUCAAAUAAGCAAGGUCUUCCAAAGCAACGAGACCUAAUAAAGACCACUCGAAAACGCCAUAAAUUAGGGCUCCUUGGCCACUUAGGCCGAAGUCGCUUAAAAACUUUACGCUAUUUCGCCGUGCGGCGUGCGAGUUGCACUCUUGAUCGGCAAAAGAGAAAUAGGCGUCGACUGAAGAAACGCUGUCUAAGUCUUUUGAACGCAUAUCGGACUAAUCUAGAACGAAAUAAACUAUGUUACAAACGUUCACCUGUUGUGUUAAAAGUAUAUAAAUAUAUCAAAGCUUUGGAAUUGUACACAAAUUUGUUAGGCGAACUUAAAAUGGCUUGUCGUAAUUCUAUCACAGUUACUGGAUCUAAUGCCAACGAUGCAUCGGUUACUAACGGCGUUGGUAACUCGUCACAAAAUUCACCAACGGCGAAAUUUUUUGUUCACAAUUCGCAACAAUAUUAUGGCAAACGAUCACGCGCGCAACUUGCGCAGCAGCAAGCGCUCGAGGAUGAGUCGAGUGUAAGCUCGCGUAGCAAAAAAGCAAGUCGUCAAGAGGAAAACUUUAAACAUAUGCUUUUGCCAGACAGUGCUGAGGAUGCAAAUCGAAAGGAUGCCAUUUAUGCUUUUAACUUCUAUGAAAAAGUGGAGGAGGCUUUCAAGGCCUCAAACCGUGCUGAAGACUGUAAAAGAUUUAAUCAUAUACUCAAAACAUUUGAUCCGCGUCGCGAUAAGGUGUCUGAUUUGUAUUAUAAAUUAGAACGUCUUUUUCUACCCGACCAUCCUGAGCUGGCUCAGGUGUUCCUCACAUUUUUGUUACCCUCAGAGGCGGCGGAAAUAGGAAAAUUUUUCGAACAUUUCAUGAUUAACAACAUGACUACAUUCAUCAAUAAAUUGAAUAUUUAUUUCAAUAAGCAGCCUGCGCAAAUACGGAAGAUCUAUAAUUGUCUAGCGGAGCUGGCGGAUGAUCCAGAGGUUACUCUCAAAAAAGUAGAAUCAAAAAUUCUACCAUUACUCAAGGGAAAUCAAUUUCUUACCGACUGGUUUUUGCAACAAUUUUCCGAGGCGAAACCGCCCGAGAGAAUAUUCUCCACGCCGGAACAAGUUAACUUAAAGGAAGUAGAAAUCAGACCGAAUUUGUAUGAGUCGCUAAAUGAUCCACACGAUGCGGCAACGCCAUGCUGUGAACUGCAACAGCAACAACAACAAAAUCAAGCACA